AUGGCCCGAGAGGAGUGCAAGGCGCUGCUGGACGCGCUGAGCAAAGUCACCGCCUGCUACCGGCACCUGGUGCUGACCGUCGGGGGCGCGGCGGACUCGCAGGAGCUGCGCGAGGAGCUGAAGAAGAGCCGGCGGAAGGCGCAGGAGCUGGCCGGCGUGACCCGCACCAAGCUGACGGCCGCCCUGCGGGACAAGGCGCUGGCCCAGGAGGAGCGGGCCGACUUCGAGCGCCUCUGGGUCAUCUUCGCCGCCUGCCUGGAGAUCCUGGAGGGCGACAUGCGGCGCGCCCUGGAGCUGGGCCAGGCCUUCCCGCUCCACGUGCCCAAGAAGCCGCUCAUCCAGACCGGCCUGAGCGGCGGCACCUCCGCCCUCGCCGCCCGGGCCAUGAGCGUGCAGAACAUGAAGUACGAAGCCGAGCCCGACAUCGACGUGGUGGACCUGACGGACCUGGAGCGGGAGAUCCACCAGGUGGGGGACAUGAUCUACGAGAUGGAGAUGAAGGUCAACGUGCCCCGGUGGGCGGUCGAGGCCAAGCGAGACCCCGGCGCCGAGCUGUCCACCGUUAGCGGGGGCGCUUCUUCCCUGGGCGCCACCUCGGGGGUCGAGAGCAAGACCCUCUGCGAUCCCACCAGAGUCCUGGCCGGGAUCAUUUUCACCGCCGUCCUCCUGAUGGCCAUCGCCCUGGCCGUGUGCGUGGCCAAGCUCUCCUAA